UACACUCGACGCAACGUCCGUUACCGCUUUUCAGCGUUCUGUUAACAGACGCCCUCAAUUUUAAGUUUUCGCGUACAUUGUGCGAUAAAGUUUGUAAGAAAAAAAAUACAAAAAAGAGAUUUCUGCGUUUUAGGUUUGACUUAAGAUAUAAACUCGUGAAGUUUGGUAUCAGGAGGAAUUUAGAAAAACAUUUCACAUCAUUCUCAGCCUUUACUCCUGCCAACUAACUUUACUGCAGUGAAUUAAGUGAAAGAAAAUGCUUAUUGUUUUAACUAAAUUUAUUAAACAGUUACUAUUCCUAGUGAGUGUUGUGAAAAAAUGUGAAUAACUUUUUUUCUUAUUAGUCCUCUACUCACUUAACUUCCAAAAUAUGUUGGACCACUUUUUCUUCAUAUUCUUUUCUGUUGUUCUAUUUUCAACAUAUGCAGAUGCAGAGGAAAGUGUAAGCGCUAAAAGGUUUCGUGAUUUCUUACACGAAUUACCAACCCCAGGCACAGGACCAUAUUUUGAUACUUCCAUAGAGUCCAAUAUAACUGGUCUAGUGGGAAAUACAGUACUCUUACAUUGUAGAGUAAAGAAUUUAGGAAAUAGAACGGUUUCUUGGGUAAGACAUCGAGACAUACACCUCCUCACAGUUGGAAGGUACACAUAUACAUCAGAUCAGCGAUUUGAAGCUAUUCAUACUCCACACACUGAAGAAUGGACCUUACGAAUAAGGUAUCCUCAGAAAAAGGACUCUGGGAUCUACGAGUGCCAAAUUAGUACUACUCCACCCGUAGGAAUUCCUGUAUUUCUAACAAUUGUUGAGCCAAUAACAGAAAUUCUCGGCAGUCCAGAACUGUUUAUCAACAUGGGAUCAACAAUUAACCUAACGUGUAUAGUUCAAUAUGCUCCAGAACCACCUCCUACCAUCUCAUGGUCUCAAAACUCCGAAAUUAUUAACUUUGACUCACCCCGGGGCGGAAUUAGCUUGGUCACUGAAAAGGGUUUUACUACAACAAGUCGACUUUUAAUACAAAAAGCUGUACAAACAGACUCAGGACUCUACACCUGCGCUCCGUCCAAUGCCAACUCAGCAACUGUUAGGGUGCACAUAUUAAAUGGUGAAUAUCCAGCAGCAAUGCACCACGGACACGGAACACUAAGCAGAACUUCACACGCAACGCUACUGCUUAGCUUAGUACUAAUUCUUCUGAUACGACCAAUAACGUAACAAAAUUGCAUUUAAGUACCAUUGAUGGGUGAUAUCGAAUCUCCUCCGUAAAAAGGUGGACUUACAAAAACAUUUUUUUACUUUUUUAUAUAAUUAGAGAAUUUCUUGGUUGAUAUUGCAAGUAUAGAAUUUAGUUUUUUGACACAGAAGUUUGACCUUAUGGAGAGUUUAAAUAUUAGUUGUUUUCUUCUAAAUAAAAAUGGAAAAUAAUAUUCGAAAAUGUUAAAAUUUGUUUAAGAAAUGUUCGUUGUUCUUUUUGGUAUAUUCUAGUUAGAUUUGACUUAUGUUUAUACUUAUUGAUUAAACUGCCAAUUGUUUUCGUUCUUAACAUAUUUUUUUAAAAAAAUAAAAAACAGUUUACAUAUUUUUAGAGACAAUAAUUUUUUAACUAUUAUAAAACAAUUUGCAACUUUCUCCUUAAUUACUCGAAUAUUAAAUGAAAUUAACUUUAAAUGGCUAUAAUUUUCCUUUUAUGCAAUUAACAGUGAGAGCCAAAAGUCCGGAAUAAAUUCAUUUAAAAUUCAGGGGUAUGCUCAAAAAAAAAGGCCCGGACACGUCGAUUUUUAUUUUUAACUGCGAGUUUUCUUACUAUAAUUUUGUAUAUACAGGGUGAUCCAAAAAUAAGUUAUGACCAUCAACUUCAAUUUUUGAAAUGGAAAUACCUAUUUUUUAUUCUGUAUUCUUAAAAAACAGAAAAUUCUAGACAUAUUUCAUGUACAAUAUCCUAUACCUAUCUUUAUUUGUUUUUGAGUUAUUGACAGUUGAAGAUCGGCAGAUUUGCACUUUUGACAUGUUAUAAAAUCCAAACGGUUAGACAUUGACAAAUGCGGUUUGCACUUUUAAUCGAAGCUUUUUUAAAACCAUCUGUUGACACUAGCUAGUAAGUGUCAACAGGUACUGAGAAAUUUACGGUUCAAUUUCUAAAAAAACAUACAAAAAAUAUUAAUGUAUUUAAUCAAAAGUAUUGUAUAAACGUUGAACAGAAAGAAACUAUUCUAAUCUAGACCAAAUUAAAUGUUCAAACUGAGCACCAUUAACUUCUUGACAGUAAGCGAGUCUUGAUUCGAAUUCUCUCAGAACGUUGCGUUUCAUUUCUUAAGGUAUUCGUUGAAUAUCAUUUCUUAUAUUAUUUCUCAAUUCUUCUAAAUUGUUGGGUUUAUUUACAUACACUAUAUGCUUUAAAUAACUCCACAAAAAGAAGUCCAAAGAAGUCAAGUCGGGGGACCUAGCAGGCCACUCCAAUUGACUCCUUCGCCCAAUCCAUCGACCCGGAAAUACCUCACUUAAAUAUUGGCGCACGGCUCUGCUGAAGUGUGGCGGCGCGCCAUCUUGCUGGAACCAAAUUGAAGCUUCUGGGAUAUUGGGAUUAUUUGCAUUUGGAAACAUCAAACAUAAAGCGGGAAUCAGUUCGUUCCUUAAGAAUUCCAAAUAACGUUGACCUGUUAAGGUACCUUCGAAGAAAACUGGACCUAUGACUCUGUCAUUGAUAAUGCCGGCCCAAACGUUCACAGAUUGAGGAUAUUGGGUAUGAGCUUCAAUCACCCAAUUUGGAUUGGAGGAAGAUCAGUAACGGCAGUUCUGUCUGUUCACUGUACCAUUGAGGCAGAAGGUCGACUCGUCAGAAAAAAUUAUUCUACGAGUAAAAAGACGGUCGUUAUGGCAGACAUUCAUUAUAGUUUCGCAAAACUCUAAUCGACGAUCUGUAUCAUCUUCGUUAAGUUCGUGGAUUAAUUUUAAUUUAUAGGGAUGAUAUUUUGCCUUUUUCAAAAUCCUUCUUAAAGAUGUUUUUCCAACAUCGUUAUCUAGUGCUGCCUGUCUAGUCGGUGUAUGAGGAUUUUCUUCAUUGGACAAAACAACAUUUAACUUCUUUUCCUCGGAAAUUAAGGGACGACCCGAUCUGGGUCGAUCUCUGACGUGACCUAAUUCCCUAAAUUUUCUUUCUAGUUUGCUAACGGUAGAUUGAGAUAUUGUCUUAUCAGGAUACUUGGUAUUAAACAUUUCACAAACCUGGUGCGAUCACCACAUCCUAUCAUAAUUAGUAUUUCUAUUCUCUCAGUUUCACUUAACUUAUUCAUCUUUUCAGGCAAUAUUAAAUUUUACAAUAAACAAGGAUAAGACUGCUUGAUACCUGUCACUUCAAAAAAUGAUGACUACAUCAUUGCAACAACGGAUGAAAAAACACAAAAAACAAGGUUACCUUAGUAAGGAUGUUACAUAGUUGCAUGAAUUAUUGUAUCAUGCAACUAUUCAGUUCAGAAAUUCAACCGUAAAUUUCUCAGUAUCUGUUGACACUAGCUAGCUAGCAGCUCGCAGUUAAAAAUAAAAAUCGACGUGUCCGAGCGUUUUUUUUUUGAACAUACCCCUGAAUUUUAAAUGAAUUUAUUCCGGACUUUUGGCUCUCACUGUAUGUAUUACGCAACGAUACUAUCAUAUUACAAAGGUUUAUUUGAAAUUAAUUAGGUAAAUUUUUAAAGUGCUGGCAUUUGGGCAGAAGGUUCUUCAAAACUCUUGUUACCCCUAUGGAUAGUAAUAAAUAUUUUUUGAAUAUUUAAUUUGAUCUUAGAAACAAAAUAAAAAUACCUUAAAAAAACUGUUUUUAGUUUUUAACACUAAAAAAAUAUCAUAAUAUUAAAAUAUGUGAUUUUUCUUGGGUUGUAAAAAUUAUUUGUACAUACUAAACUGGUGUAAAAAAGUAACCAAUUUUUAAGGAAAACUAGUAAAAAAGGAUGUGGUUCUUUUAACAGUGUACCUACUGUCUUUAUAAUAAUUCCUCAAAUGUUUAACUCAUUGCCAUUGUUAUAGGAAAUUCACAAUUCCUUAAAACGUGGUACUCUUUUUAUAGCCUAUAGUCAUAAGUAAAACUUUUAUCUACUAUGCUAUUAAUACCAAUAAUAAAAUGUUUUAAUAAUGUGUUUAAAAAUAUAGCAAUUAAUUGUAUAAAAAACAAUAUAAAUUGUUAUAUGAAAGUAAUUGUUUACUGGCAAUUUAAUGUUGACCAAAAAUGAUGCGAAACUUUUAUUUGUUAAAUUCUAAAAUAAAAAUAUAAAGUUUUUUUUUGUGCAGUAUAUUAAAAUAUCAGAAUAUGAAAAAAUAUCACAUGAAGAUUUAGGAACAAUAUACUUACAACUUAAGUUUUUGAUUACUCACUGAUAAAGUUUAUUAAAAUAUAUUGUUAUAAUUACAAAUACAAAAGUUUUGUUGAAUAAUCUUUUAAAAGCUAAAAGAAUUAAGUGUGAGGACCAAGGCAAAGCAUCAUUGGUGUUAAUUAAUUUAGGAGCAAAAAAUAUUUUAAUUGUUAAGUACUUUAGUAUUCAGUGGAUUCUUAAAUAAUUGAGAUACUAAAAUUAUAUGGAUGUAAAAAUUGUUAUUUAAUAAAAUAUUUCUUUAAUUAUUUUAUAAACUUAUCAAACAAUAGAAUGCAGACUCUAUUAAAAUCGAUUUUUGUUUUUAAUUAGCACAAAUAAUUUAAUUUUAACGGAACUCUUAUUCAUUUUUAAGUGUUUAACUGGCUUAUACAAUCUAGAUAGUACAAGCUUUUUACAAUUUUUUGUAUUAAAUAUUAUUUUAACGUA